CUUACACCGUAACCGGUCCGCACGCUGUCCUUUCUUUAACAGUCAAGAUGCAAAAAAACCCAUAAUUUUUCUCCGUUUCUCUUUAACCAGAAAAACCCAAAAACCAAAUCAACCAAAGAGCAAUCUUUAAUUGAAAAGGAAACUCUUUUUUUUUGUUUUUUUUUUUUCACUUUACCUUGUGAGUUUCCUGUAUUCUUCUCUUUUAUCAACUUUAUUUAGUACAAAAAAUCAUGUUUGGGUUUUGGGUUUUAUCAUUGGUUCUCUGUUUUCUAUAAAGGUUUUUCUUUUAGUUUUUUGAAGAUGUUUAAACUGGGUGAGAAGGAGAUGAUGAUGACGAUCAGGGACAUGAAGAGAAAUAGUGAUUUUGAAACUUUAUGGAGUGAGAUCCCUCAAACUCCUCCUUUUCUCAAUCUUCGACCCCAUUCACCAAUGAACAGAGUUUCUCCUUCACCUUCAAGCUCUUUCUCUAAUGGGUUUUCUUUAUCUGAAGAAAGUUCACCAUUUGAAGACCAACCACACCACCAACAACCCAAGUUUCAUCAUUAUGGACUCUGGUUGGGUUCUAAAUCAUUACCUGAUUCUCAUUAUGGAAACAAGAAUGUCAAUGAAAAAGAGUUGGUCGGUGAUGGGUUUGGUUUGUGUGAGAAUCUAUAUCAAAUGCAUAUUAGAGAUGAAGAAAAAGAUAGAGAGGGUUCUGGUCAAAUAAAGAGAUUUGAGAGGGACACAGAUGGUUUUGGCUUUAGUUUUGGUGAUGUUUCUUCUUACAAUGGGGAAAAAUAUGGUUCAUAUGAAGGUUUUAACAGGGGGUUUCAAUCUUCUCCACAACAAGUUUCUAUGUGUUUUGAUGGUAAUGAUGUCAUCAGGUCUUCAUUGCUUGGUUUUCAGGGUGGAUACGAAAAGGGUGAUUCGUUGGGGUCUUAUAGUAUUAGUUACAAUCAGUCAAAUGAUCUUUCUUUAAAAACGAACUGGCAUAAUAAUCAAAGAAACUAUCUUUUGGACCAGAGAAUGGAACGGGGAAGGAGUUUGGGUGAUAGGGGAAUUCUAUUACAGAAUGCCUUUAGUACUAGGUCCUACCUUGAUAAUCCUUUUGUUCGCUCACAGCAAUGCGGAAUGGAUGGUAAUGGAGGUGAAAGUGUCAUUGAUUCUUUGAAUGUUGGGGAUGGUGUCAUCAUUCAAGGAAGAGAUUUGAAGUAUGGUAUUGACAACAAGGGCCAUGAUUCAUUCAAGUGUCAUAAGAAAAAGUCUCUCGAAGAGAUUGCAAUGCAAAACCUCCAAGAGAAAAGCUCUAAACUUGAUAAAAUUCAUGGAGGAAAUGUGACACUGAUGCCAAGUCCGUAUUCCUUGGUUGAGUUUCAAGGUUGUAUAUAUUACAUGGCUAAGGACCAGAAUGGUUGUCGCCUCUUACAAAGGAUAUUUGAUGAAGGAAGAUGUUUAUAUGUGCAAAUAAUAUUCAAUGAGAUUAUUGAUAAUAUUGUUGAACUUAUGAUGGAUCCCUUUGGAAACUACCUUGUGCAAAAGUUACUGGAUGUGUGUACUGAAGAACAGAGAUUGCAGAUUGUUCUAAUGGUGACCAAAGAAGCAGGGCAGCUAGUGAGGAUUUCCUUAAACACAUAUGGUACACGUGUGGUACAGAAGUUGAUUGAGACUCUCAAAUCCAGACAACAGAUUUCUCUUAUCAAAUCCGCUCUUAAACCUGGAAUUCUUGAUCUUAUCAAGGAUCUCAACGGAAAUCAUGUGCUGCAGCGCUGCUUGCAAUGCCUUGACAAUGAAGACAAUAAGAUUAUUUUUGAUGCUGCUUCAAAAUUUUGCGUAGAUAUUGCCACUCAUCGUCAUGGUUGCUGUGUGUUGCAACACUGCAUUGCUCAUUCCAAUGGGCAACAUCGAGAUAAGCUAAUUACUCGAAUUUCCAAAAAUGGACUUCUUCUUGCUCAAGAUCCUUUUGGAAAUUAUGUUGUUCAGUACAUUAUAGGGCUAAAGGUCCCCUCUGCCAUUGGCAACUUGCUUUCUCAGUUCAAAGGGCACUUUGUUCAACUCUCAAUGCAAAAAUUUAGCAGUCAUGUGGUUGAAAAAUGCCUCAAGCAUUUUGCAGAAAGUAGGUCGCAAAUCGUCCGAGAGUUAAUCUCUGUUGUCCACUUUGAACAAUUAUUGCAAGAUCCAUUUGCAAACUAUGUCAUUCAAUCUGCUUUAGCAGUAACCAAGGGUCCUCUUCAUGCUUCUCUAGUUGAAGCUGUUCGACCCCACACGAUCUUGCGUACCAACCCUUAUUGCAAGAGAAUUUUCUCACGGAAUCUGCUGAAAAAGUGAUGGAGUCGCUUUGCCAGUGUUGUUGUGCUUCCAAAGUUGCUAGCUGUUCGCUACAAAUUAGUAGUAAUGUCCUUGGAUUGCUAGAUAUAGAAUGUACAUGAAAUUCUGAUACUGCUGUCUUGAUGAAGGCUUACAGCUUCAGAUCAGUGGAUCACCUUAUAGUGUCCUAUGGGUGUAGAAGAAAAUUAUGCUUCUAGUUGUUUAUUACGUAGUUGCAACUUGUAUUAUUCUGUUGUCUUCUUGUUGUCUAGUCGAUCCAAACUUUGAAUGUAUGAUAAUUUACCACGUUUAAUACUGAGUUUCUGCUUAUGAAUAUUUGAAAUGCGAUAAGUACUCAUCAAGAAUUGACUAAUGAUCUCAGGCAUCUAAAUUAAUAGCAUUACUGCAUGAUUCGGGAUUAAAAAAAAAAUUAGUGUGCCGGCUUCUGC